AUACAGCAACAACUCAUGUCAAGUGUGUUAUUUGAUGGGAUAAUACGUACGAGUCAACACAACUUCUGCCACGAUCAACAGAGAAAACUAAACUUCACUUAAUUCUGUUUUUUAAAAUUUUAUUCGAAAAAUUAAAACGGAAAAAUAAAAAAAUAUAUAAAAUAAAAUUAAUGAAUUUAUAAAGAAAAAUAAGAAAAUAGUGAAGUUUAAGAAAUUCGCAACUAGUGUAAACGGUGUGUUUUUAUGAGACUUAGUUGAUGAGAAGAAAGCCUUGAUAUUGCUAAUAAUUUCAAAAGAACUUUUCGUAUAAAAAAAUAAUCAGUGAAAAUGAAAUACUUUUCCACAUUAUGCCUACUGUUAGCGCUCAGCAGUCGAACGUGGGCACAGUACUACUAUGAACCAGUAUCAAACUACCUCUCAGCCGAAUCUCAGCAGCAGAAUGUAGGCAAUGGUUAUGUAUACAAUCCACCACAAAAGCCAUUUGAGUAUCCACAAAAGACGGGCUACUCUUAUCCAGUGCCACAGAAACCAUUUGAUUUACCUACUAAGCCAGCACCUACUAAGGGAUACUCGUAUCCACAGCCUAAACAACCAUUUGAUUAUCCCAAGCCAACACCGGCUAAACCUGGUUAUUCGUAUCCACAGCCUACAGUGAAAUUUGAUUUACCCACCAAACCUACACAAAGGCCUACAGCACCUGUUAGACAGACCACCAAAGGAUAUUCAUAUCCCACUCCAGAGGUGAAAUUUGAGUUGCCAACCAAAGCACCCUCCAAGGGUUAUUCAUAUCCGACACCAGCGGUUAAAUUCGAUUUGCCCACACAAAAGACGGGUUACUCUUAUCCCACACCUGAAGUUAAAUUUGAAUAUACUACCACUACCCGCAGACCUACACCACCUCCACAAAAAACGGGCUAUUCUUAUCCCACUCCUACUGUUAAAUUUGAUUUGCCCACACAAAAGACUGGCUAUUCUUAUCCUACCCCAGCAGUGAAAUUCGAAAUACCCACACAACCACCACAAAAGACUGGUUACUCUUAUCCAACUCCCGCCCAGAAAUUCGAAUUGCCCACACAGUCACCUCAAAAGACCGGUUACUCUUAUCCAACACCCGCAAUUAAGUUUGAGCAGACCACUACUAGAAGACCAACACCAGCUCCACAAAAGCCAGGUUAUUCUUACCCCACUCCUGAAGUUAAAUUUGAAUUGCCUACCCAAAAAACCGGAUACUCUUAUCCUACACCCGCUCAAAAAUUCGAAAUACCCACACGACCUCCACAAAAGACUGGUUACUCUUACCCUACACCCGCUCAAAAAUUCGAAAUACCCACACAACCUCCACAAAAGAGCGGUUACUCGUACCCCACUCCGGCACAAAAAUUCGAAUUACCCACUAAGCCCACACAAAAGAGCGGUUACUCGUAUCCCACUCCUGCUCAAAAGUUCGAAUUACCCACUCAACCACCUCAAAAGACUGGUUACUCUUACCCCACUCCCGCACAAAAAUUUGAAUUGCCUAGUCAACCACCACAAAAGACCGGUUACUCCAGCAAACCAACACAAAAGACUGGUUACUCCUACCCUACACCAGCCCAAAAAUUCGAAUUACCCAGCAAACCAACACAAAAGACUGGUUACUCGUACCCUACACCCGCUCAAAAAUUCGAAUUACCCACACAACCACCACAAAACACUGGUUACUCUUAUCCCACCCCUGCUCAAAAAUUCGAUUUACCCACUAAACCCCCACAAAAAACCGGUUACUCUUACCCAACACCUGCCCAAAAAUUUGAGUUACCCACUCAACCUCCUCAGAAAUCAGGUUAUUCCUAUCCCACUCCAGCAGUUAAAUUCGAAUUACCCACCCAGCCACCACAAAAGAACGGUUACUCAUAUCCCACACCCGAAGUGAAACUCUCAUAUCCUACACCCGUGCGAAAUGGUUACUCGUAUCCCAAACCUUCCUUAGCAUUUGAAUAUUAAUGUGAUUUAAACUCAAUCUCCCUUCCCCUCCCUAUCUCUCUCUCUAUACGCCUUUAAUUUAAUCUGUUCAUUAGUUUAAUUCUCAUAGUGUUGUUAAGUUUGCGAGUCUUUUUUUACAAGUAAUCAAAACAAGUAAAUUUAAAAAUCGAAUCAUAGUCAUUAUUACUUAAAUUAUAAAUACAAAAAUAAAAUGUUAGAAAAAAGAAACUCGUAUUAUAAUUUUUGCAAAAGAAUUAUUUUUUUAUAACUGAAUACUCGAUUUUAUUGAUUUUUAAUAUAAAAAUAAAACUAGUGUUGUAUAAUUUAAGUUUAAUUUUAAGAAAUAUACAAAUAUAAACGAAAUAUAGAAAAACUAUUUUGUAAAAUCUUUCACGAAUAAAGAAAAAAUUUAAAAAUUUAA